UGAGAGGCCGCCACAGCACAGAAGUUCCUGCCUUCCCCUUCUUCCUGCAGACAGCAGACACAGCAGGACAGCAGCAGCAGGCUUCACAGCCAUCUUUGGGAGGCUGCAGCACACGAGGUGAAGACAGCACUGGACCUGGCUUCUGCAGCCCAGGUUUUGAGUCCCAGCUUGACCACUGGCUGUAACCUUGGGCAAACUCUUGUGUGGUUUUCAGGUUCCCCACAAUCAACUGGAGCUAACUUGGAAGUCAGGGCAGGAGCCGGUUCUUGGAGGAGACGGGGCACAGGACAUGGAUCACCGUGGGGCCCUUUUCUUCUGCCUGUGCCUCGUGACUUCUCACAGUGUGACAGUGGAGGCAUCCCAAGACCUCCUGCGCUGGAUGGAGAAAAUGGAGAUGGCCACCCAGAAGAGGAGCUUGACUCCUCCCCUUGCUGAGCUCAUGCGUGGCCUGGAGUGGAGGCUGCUGAAUGCCAGCUUCCCGGGCUACAGCCUCACCUUGCAGGCACACACCAUCCAGACCCUGGCUUUCAAGCUGGGCUGCGACUUCCCCGGCCUGUCGCUGAGCAGCGCCUCUCUGAAGCCAAUGCCCCAGGUCAAAGGCAGCAGGGGAUGGGGGUGGCCAGAGGAGCUGGGGCAGGGGGGCUCUCAGUCCUCAUCCAGGGUCUCCUCAUGUCCCCUCCAGUCACCCCUUUUUCUGCUGUCCUUCCAGAAUACCAACUCACCUCUGCUCAAUAAUUAUGUCCUGGGAGCCUAGCUGGGUCAUGGACACGUGAACAACCUCAGGGAGCCGGUCAACAUCAGCUUCUGGCACAACCAAAGCCUGGAAGGCUACACGGCAACCUGUGUCUUCUGGAAGGAGGGAGCCAGCCAGCACCACUGGGGGGUCUGGAGCCCUGAGGGCUGUCGCACAGAGCAGCCCUCACCUUUCCAGGUGCUCUGCCGCUGCCACCACCUCAGUUACUUUGCUGUUCUCAUGCAACUGUCCCCAGCCCCAGUCCCCGCAGAGUGGCUGGUGCCUCUUACGUACAUCUCCCUGGUGGGCUGCAGCAUCUCUAUCGUGGCCUCACUGCUCACUAUCCUGCAGCACUUCCAAGUGAGGAAGCAGAGUGACUCGUUGACAAAAAUCCACACGAACCAGCAUGCCUCUGUGCUGCUGCUGAAUGCCACCUUCCUGCUGAGCCCGAGGCUGGCCGCGGCCUCCAUGCCUGGGUCAGCGUGCACAGUGCUGGCUGCCGUCCUGCUCUUCGCGCGGCUCAGCUGCCUCACCUGGAUGGCCAUUGAAGGCUUCAACCUCUACCUGCUCCUUGGGCGUGUCUACAACAUCCACAUCCACCAAUACCUGCUCAAGCUCUGUGCAGCGGGCUGGGGGCUUCCAGCCCUCCUGGUUCUGUUCCUCCUUGCUGUCAAGAGCUCAGUGUAUGGACCCUACAUGAUCCCAGACUCUGACAGCCAGGAAGAUGGCGCGGGCUUCCAGAACAUGUCCAUGUGCUGGGUGCGGAGUCGCUGGGUGCACACUGUCUUGGUCAUGGGCUAUGGUGGCCUCAUGUCCCUCUUCAACUUGGUGGUGCUGGCCUGGGCGCUGCGGACCCUGAGCCGACUUCGGGCGCAGGAGAGGGCACUGCGUGCCCGGGCCUGCCGGGAUGCCGUCACCGUGCUGGGCCUCACCGUGCUGCUUGGCACCACCUGGGCCUUGGCCUUCUUCUCCUUUGGUGUCUUCCUGCUGCCCCAGCUCUUCCUCUUCACCAUCUUCAACUCAUUCUACGGUUUCUUCCUCUUCCUAUGGUUCUGCUCCCAGAGGUGCCGCUCGGAGGCGGAGGUGGAGGCGGAGGUGGAGGCGUUCAGCACCUCCCAGACCAUGCUGUAGCCUGGACCUCCUGGCCCAGAGCCUCCAGCCUUUCUGUCUGCCUGCAGCCCGUGGCCCCAGCUUCUCCCAGAGAAGGUGACAGGCCAGGUGCUGACCACCAGAGGCCACUGCCCCCUCCAGGGAGGCUUUUACCCCUCCAUGGCUUUGCCAGGCCCAGAGGGCAGGUGCUGCUCCGUCUCCCCUGGCUUUCUGUUCCAGAGUAGUUCCAGCCCCACUGCGGGGCAGCAACUUUUCCCUGGUGCCUGGACCUGUCUGGCCAGGCCUGUGGGCAGUGCACUAGUCUGGGAGUCAGGAGGGCACAUUUUAAGCCAGGCUGUUUUACUUUAUGACCUUGGGCCUGUCAUUGCUCCCUGACCCUCGGUUUCCACAUCUGUGACUCAGGGCAGAUGGCUCCAGGCCAGUCUAGCCCAAGAGUUUUGUGAAACUGAGUAACACAGUGGAGAAACAGUCAUAGGGGGCCCUUUAGCUCAACUUUCCUGCUGUAAGUGGGGUACUGGCUAGCCUGCCGUAGAAGCUCCUGCUGGGCCCUGCCACCUUCCUCCUGGGGAAGGUCAGACCACUUCCUGCAUGGGGUACCAGUCCAGUGCUUAGAGACCCACUCAGUGUCUGAGCCUCACCAGCCCAUUCCUGAGGGCAUUUUUUCUUUAACACCACCCCCACCCCUGGCCAAAUUACGAUAUGACCCUAACUCCAAAUCCACCCUUAGCAAAGACCAGAAAGUUCAGCCCUUCCUGGAUGCUCCUCCUCUCGUGCUCCCAAGAUGACCCCCACAGGCCAUUUAGACCGUGGCUGGGGCCAUAGGGCUUCCUGGCGGUAGAAGGGGAGUGCCUCUUUCCCCUCCACCUGAGCCAGCUGCGUCCCAGGCCUGGUUAUUUGACGAUUGCGUAGGAUUGCAGUUCCCCUGAUAGCAGUGAGGGUGUGGGUUCUAAAUCCAGGCUGGGGCCACUGUUGGAGAGAAUCACCAUUGUCGUUGACGUGUGGGUCAGACCAAGUGGGAGAUGACUCAUGAAGCCAGAGCCCUUCCCAGGCUGCACAGCAGGGAGCGCUGUUGGCCUAUGCUGGGAAACCACUGGUUACAAAACCGCGCCUGGAAAUGCUGUGGUCACCUGUCUGCGGACAUGACACACCAGGUGGAGAGGCCCUGCCUCCAGGACUGUGCCUGCUGAGUGGCCAGGAGGAAUUCUAGGACCAUUUCUCUCUUUCCCAGAGCAGCUGCCCACUCUGGCUCUUGGGGUCUUAUGCUCUGUGCAUAUCUGGCACCAGAGUGGGGGGCUGAGAGAGGCUCUCAGAGCCCUGUUCAGAGCCAUCAGGCAGAUUUAAUGACUUUGAUGGGCACAGGGAGGCAAUUGAAGCCUGGUCCCUUUUCUCCCAGGGGAAUCCUCUGCCCUCUGUUUAUUUCUUGACGCAAAUAGCCCUUCACUAGGUGGUGAGUGGGGCAGGCGCUGGAGCCAGACUGCCUGCGCUCAAAUGCCAGCUCAGCCACUUGCUAGUUGUGUGGAUGUGGACAAGCCAUUCAACCUCUGUGUGCCUUAGUUUUCCCAUCUGUGUAAUAGGGGUAAUAGCAAUACUUAUUUUGAAGAUGUAAUAAAAUAAUCCAUAUAAAGGGGCUUAGCACAGAGU